UUCACAGCUGGUGCGCCUUCCUCCAGCAGAGACUGACAGAAGCAGGGCGACCGCUCUGAGCUGCGCGCGCGCUUCUCCCCUCUGCUCCGCCGGCGCGUCUUUCUGCUAUUGACAUGAAAACUUUGAAAAGGUGAGACGCCAGUUCGCCCUCUUAGAUCACCUUCAACCCCAACCGAGAAGAAAAGGCGCACAAAAAAGAAGCACCAAGUCCAAGAAAAGCGGUGGAGCCGGGAGAAAGAGGGAGCUAUGCCAUCUCCCGCCGAGAAGAGCCCAGUCCUCCUCAGUUGUGUGUCGGAGCUACAGCAUGGUGCCGCUUUCUGGACUCUGGACCUACUGCCUCGCCCCUGGAGGAACUCGUCUCCUUUUCGCCUCUGCCAGGCGGCUUCUGCUGAUUCUCCUUUUAAGCGCCUUUUCCGCCCCCGAAGCCUGCGUCCCUCACACGGAGCCGUGCCCCAUCCUCGCGCGGGUAGGGCACACCGUGCGCCUCGGCGCGCUCCUGCCGACCCGCCAGCCAGCUCGGAUACAAAACGCGCUCAACCGCGCCCUGGCCAGCAUCCGGCACCAAAGCGGAGGAGGGGGGGACUCCACCGCCACCACAGCCUCCCAACUGGCACCCCUGCUACCCUACAACCUGAGUCUGGAGAUGGUGGCGCGCUCCCCCGCGGGCUGGGACCCAGAGUCGCUGUCCCGUAGCGCCUGUCAGGACCUCGUGGUCAGAGGGGUGUCAGCCGUGCUGGCUUUCCCGCGCUCCAAAGAGGAGUUAAUCCAGGUGGAGUUCCUCUCCUCUUUCCUGGAAAUCCCCUUCAUCUCCAUCUUGGAGGACACAGAGCCCCUUGUGACUAAGAACCCAUUUCACCUGCAGAUGUCGGCCCGUGUGCCUCCAUCCACGCUGGGCAGCCUCCUGUUGGCGGUGCUGCAAGGGGGGGAUGUGGAGCGAGCCAGAGGCAGCCGGGACGAAGACAGCUGGGGAGGAGCAGCUGUGAUUUGCUCUGGAUGGGAUGAAGGUGGAGAUGGCUUGUUGACUCACCUGCAGAGGCACAGUGGUCCAAACUGGCAUUUGUGGGACAUCAUCAACCUGACCCGCAUUACAGGAAGUAGAGAUAAAAUGGGGAAGGAGGAAAGAAGGGAAGAUCAAAUGGAGGAAGAAGCUUUGAACAUCAUAUCCAGCAGUUUCCUGCGCUCUCCCUCUUCUAUCUCCUCUGUUCUCCUCUUGGGAUCUGAUCCUGAGUGUCUAUCCUCCGUCCUGCGAGCUGCUCAGCGCCUCGUUCCAUCACUACCAGCAUUGCAGUGGAUCAUGGGAUACCCGCUGUCUCCGGAUUCUCUGCACACUUUAGGAGGUCCCCUUGGACUGUUGGCCUAUGGGGAAGUUGGACGCAAACCGAUUAGCUUCUACAUACGUGAUGCUUUGCAGCUGAUCGGACGAGCCGUAACCGCAGCAACCAACGUGAGGCCAGACCUAGCCCUCAUUCAGAGCACGCUGAACUGUUAUGACAAGGCAAACAAGCACGAACCGCCAUCUUCAGGACGCUUUCUUUCCAGGUUUCUCUCCAAUACCUCUUUCACGGGAGCCACUGGACUGAUCCAAGUGGACCCCUCCGUUUCUCGGAUCCUGUCCUCCCAGCUGUUCCAUGUGUGGAGCCUGAAGAGAGGUGCUCUGGGCCAACCAGCUUGGGUCACAGUGGGCCAGUGGACCCGUGGUCAAUUGGACUCCGAUGGAGACAUCCUGGGACUGGUGGGAGGGCUUGGGAACAGCCAGGGGCAGGGUCUUGGGGCUGGUGUGAGAGGAGGGGAUGGCCAAGGAGAUGGUCAUGUAGGUGGUCGCUGGAGGCCAGGACUUUCUGUUGAGGGACAUCGCCUCAGGGUGGUGACACUUGUUGAACACCCCUUUGUUUUCACUCGUGAGGUAGAUGAAGACGGCAUGUGUCCAGCGGGGCAACUCUGUUUGGAUCCAAAAACCAACCGGUCGGAAAUAAUCCAAGGUCUCUACAACCAGCUGCACAACCCUAACUCAACAGUGGUGGACUUAGAGGGUGUUGACUUACCGGAUGACCUGAGGAAGUGCUGCUACGGGUAUUGCAUUGACUUGUUGGAGAAACUGGCAGAAGACAUGGGCUUCACCUUUGACCUCUAUAUUGUGGGAGAUGGAAAAUAUGGUGCGCUGAGCGGGACCGGACGCUGGACCGGUCUAGUGGGGGACCUGCUCAGCGGAGCAGCUGACAUGGCCGUCACCUCUUUCUCAAUUAACUCUGCCAGGAGCAGAGUCAUAGAUUUCACCUCGCCCUUCUACUCCACUAGUCUGGGAAUUCUGGUUCGCAGCCAUGACACUGCAGCCCCCAUUGGAGCCUUUAUGUGGCCUCUCCACUGGUCUAUGUGGGCGGGCAUUUUCGUCACGCUGCAUCUUACAGCGCUCUUCCUCACCUUGUAUGAGUGGAACAGCCCCUUUGGCAUGACACCUCAUGGCAGGAACAGGCUGCGCGUGUUCUCCUAUUCCUCUGCCCUCAAUCUCUGCUACGCCAUACUGUUUGGACGCACUGUCGCCACCAAGACUCCUAAAUGCUGGACGGGCCGCUUCUUGAUGAACCUUUGGGCCAUUUUCUGCUUACUGGUGUUGUCCAGCUACACCGCCAACCUUGCAGCAGUCAUGGUCGGGGAGAAGACCUUUGAGCAAGUUUCUGGAAUCCACGAUGAAAAGCUGCAUCACCCCUCCAUGGGCUUCCGUUUCGGGACAGUUAGGGAGAGCAGUGCAGAGGAUUACAUGAAGAAGAGUUUUCCAGAGAUGCACGACUACAUGAGGCGCUUUAACCAGCCCACCACCCCGGAGGGCGUACACAUGCUGAAGACAGAUCCUCCUGCGCUGGAUGCAUUCAUCAUGGACAAAGCCCUUUUGGACUUUGAGGUCUCCAUCGAUGCCGACUGCAAACUGCUCACUGUGGGGAAGCCUUUUGCCAUUGAAGGUUAUGGUAUAGGCCUUCCCCAGGGCUCUCCUUUAACCCGCAACGUAUCUGAGUUUGUGAGUCGCUACAAGUCUGAUGGAUUCAUGGACAUGCUACAUGACAAAUGGUAUAAGGUUGUGCCCUGCGGAAAGAGAGUCUUUGCGGUGACUGAGACUCUGCAAAUGGGGAUCCAGCAUUUUUCCGGCCUGUUUGUCCUGCUUUGCAUUGGUGUUGGUGGAGCCCUGUUAACCCUGGCAGGUGAACACACCUUCUAUCACCUGGUCAUCCCCCGCCUGCGCCGCUCGCACACGCUGCAGUACUGGCUGCAUACCAGCCAGAAAAUCCACAGAGCUCUCAACACCACAUAUGAGGACGUUGGAAAGGAGCUGACCGGCUUCGACCAAAACCCGUCCUCCUGCAUCUCAGAGAAUUGCACCCUCCACAGGAAACAGCAGCAGCAGCCUCCUCCUCCAUCUCCAACUUCCUCCCUCCCUGCUUCCACCACAGCAGGGGGCACUGGCAACUCCUCCCCAUCCCAUGAAACCAAGGAAAAGCGGGUUCACUUUGACCUGGAGACUCUUCACAGCUACCGCCUGCGCACGCACACCGCGUCGGUGCGCGGCCGGCCCGGGAUGGUCGGCCGGCCCGGCCUCGGCCUGGGGGGGUUGGGACUGGGCGGCCUGGGGAGUUUCACCUCUCCUGCUCAGAUGAGCCUCCACGUCAACGGUGGCCCCGUUUCCACUCUGGCCUCCACAGGUUUGGUGCUCUCUCCCAUUGGGAACAAAGCUGUGCAGACCAGCCUGUGGGAGGGGGAGCUUCAGGAGCUGCAGGAGAAGAUCGAAAUCUUCCGAAACCAGCUGAGAGAGGCUUUGGCUCGGAGAGCUGAGAUCCAGAGCAGCCUGGAGCGAGAGAAAAUUGGACUGCAGCGCAGGGACCCAAGCGUGGACAGCGAGAAAGACAAACCCAAGAUACAAACUUUCAGCACCAACAAAAUCAGCUCCGCUCAGCCCAAACUCCCAGAGAGAGACCGGACGAGCCAGCUCCAAACCCUGAACAAUCAGCAGACGGGGAAAGCAAACCAACCGGGAGGAACUGGGACUGUGGAACGUGGAAGAAGCAGCCAGUUAAACACAGUCAACACUUUGGACAGAGGACGAGCCAACCAGCUGAGGCCUGCAGACUCUUUAACAGGAGAGAGGACUGGACAAUCACACAGUUCCACAAGUUUGGAACGGAGUCGAGUCAGUGGAAGCAUCACCAUCCAAACACGAGACACUUCCAGCCUGGACAGACAGAAGGCUAACCUGUCACGCACUCUCAACACUUUGGAGAGGACAAAGGCCAACCAGCCAAGUAUGAGCGGCGGGAAGUGAUCAGCUGUUUCAGGCACCUUCUGUGUGGAGCAACGUGGGGGGUGGGGGGCGGGGCGGGGCAGUAGCAUGCUCCUUACAUAGCCGUGGGAAGAUGGUUUGGACCUCAAGGCUUAAGUUUGCGAGAUGUGAAACCUCAAUUUAUUUCUGUUUUCUGCUUUCAAAACCAUCAAACCUUCAAACUAAAGCAAAAAAAGAGAAUUUCAACAAUCAUGAAUCUUAUUUCACAUGAAAUCUUAAACCUGUAGUUCAAACAACAAACCAGAAAUAAACAAACCAAAAUGUCAUUAGAAUCUGAGGGUGGGGCGAAACCGACAAAUGAAAACAACUUAUCUGAUAUGAAAAAACAAAAACAAAACCUUUCUGACCCAAA